AUGCGUUGAAGUCAUACGUAUUGGAGUAUCAAACAGACCAUCGGCGCGUAGUUUCCAACACACCUCCGUUACUUUUGGCUUGCAAUUGGAGAUGUCCAAAUAAAGUCAACUGUUGCUUAUGUAACACGUACGAUAUGCGUCCGUGUCUUAUGUAAUGCUUGUUCGUCCUGCGCUUUCAUGGCGUCCGCGUCUCCGUCUCUAUCGUCGUAUUCCACUUAUGCCACUACGUCGAAGUCGCGUUUGCAAUCCUUAUAUUCCGACGUAACCAGACAGAAGCACUCUAAUCCCACAUCCUACCAUGCCCAUGUUGACUGGUGGCAGCGCACUUUGGAGGAGCUAGUAUCGCGAGGAUGGCAAGCAGAGAACCCGAGUCCUCGGAAGGGAAAAGAAACCGAAACCGAAGGCGAAGAGGAGGCGCACAACAGGAGCAAUAAGCUCAUUCUGAAUGCGCAAAGGUCUUUGGUGGAUCGGCUACGAUUCGACGGCGUUGGAAAGCCCCUCGGACUGGGUCAUACGAUUGCCGAACUGCGUCACUGUAACGCUCUCAUCCCACUAUCCGCGUUCCUCUCGUCGAGCGUGUCGGUAUAUGACCCCGGCUGGCUACCUUACCGUGUCGCAUCCUUCCUCGUCGGCAAGCCACUAUGGUGGGCAAUGGAACAAUUCGAUCUUGUCAAGUCCGAAGACUCGUACAGUGAAGCCGAGAUGUGGAAGAGGGUCCAGGGUGACUAUGUCCUACUCAAGCUCGUCGAACGCGCCGCAGACGUGGUAGACAGUUUUCGUGGAGGAAUGAGUUUGGCGGACAGUCUCUACACCACGGAGAGCUUCCGAAAGGAAUUCGGGUCGAAAGUAUUACCAGGUGUGACGGCAAGCGAGAUGGAUAUCGAGGUACUGUUGAAAUACCUGGAGAGGGAUAGACCGAUUUUGGUCAGGGAUAAGGAUGUCAUUAAAUUCAUCGCUGCCGACCGAGAGAAAGAAGUGACAGCAAUCGAUCGCGGUAUCCUGGAGCUUAAGACAGGCGUGGGCAAUCUGCAUGGCCAAGUAAACAAGAUCCAGUGCAAGAUUGACGAAAUGACGAGCAGGAUAUCGACUGCUCUGAGUCAGCAACAGAAAUCAAUUGCAUUAGCUCACCUUCGCCAUAAGAAGGGCCUGGAGGAGAUAUUGACCCAAAGGCUGAGCGCCCUUCAAAAUCUGGAGUCGACGCUUAUGGACGUGGAGACCGCAGCUGGCAAUAUCCAGGUUGGGUACACGGAUUUUUUUUAUUCCAGCGGCCUUGCUGAUUGUUCUUGGCAGAUUAUGCAAACUUAUGAAAAGUCUGCGGUAACACUACAAGCGAUCUUGAAUCAUCCCUUACUUCAACGGGCAAAAAUUGAUGAAACGAUGGAUGCAUUGGCAGCUGCUAAUGCUACUGCACGGGAGGUCGAUGAUGCCGUCAGGAUUGGAGGUGACAUGGCAGCUGCAGAGGCAGGCAUUGACAAUGACGACUUGGAGAAUGAACUUAAGGAACUGGUUGAGGAGGUGGAAAGAGAGACGGGAGAGGCAGAAGAGCGUGAGACGUUGGACAAGCUACAGGAUAUCAACGUGCCGGAGCAGAUUCAUGUUGUGCCAGCAGCAGCCCAGCGUGUCUUGCAAGGUGUUACAGAAUAAUUUCCUGAUUAGGGUACCCGUACUUUGACGACGCAGUCGGUACGUAUCAUACGUCCCUUUCGACCUCUUUGGCCGGACAAUGGCACCACUUCGUCUACGCCAUCCGGAAGGUGUAUCGACCUUUCAGUUGGAUUUCGAUAGUGCAACGGUAGGGGAUUUGCAGCAACAAAUAUUCGCAGCAUCCCAGAUUCCCCC